AGAAAUACCAAGUAAAAUUACUUUUGUAUACCACACACCAAUCUCGUCACAAACGUAUAGCAUUAAAGACGAUAAAAGCGGAAGAUGGAGACUCCAGGUAAAAAGCCUGGGAUGUCGUCCAAGAGGAAGCAGAAACAGAGUCCUUCGUAUUCAAUAAAUUCUUCAAAGUCCAAGUUGAACUCCAGUCUGCGUCUUAACAGGAGCACCAGAGUUAACUCCUCUGCAGUGAAAACGAAGAAUCGUCAGCUGGCUGCAGCCUUGGGAAGAAAAAGUCAGGAGUUGGAGUUCCUGAAAGAGGAGUUUUGUGAGCUAAGAAAUGAACACCAUGAGUUGAAAGUAAAAGCACUGAGGUUUCACAGAAUUGCCCAGGUGACCAAUGAAAACAUAGAAGAAGUGGUGGUUGGAAGAGUGCAGGAACGCAUGUGUGAUGUCAGUGCUCUCCUAAAUAAAGUUAGCAACCAGCUGCUGGGGGCGGUCAAGCUUCUGGGCACUGCUGUGGAGAUGACCACUGACCCUAAACGCAAGUCCUUAGAAACGCUGUGUAGCAACAGAGCUUCCUCUUUAGGUGCCAAUAAGUCUGAUGAUGACAGCCCUGUUAUUGCAGUUCCAAAUCCUAAGAGGUCUAUAUACUAUGAUGCAGGAUCUAAAAACCCAGCUGGUCGAGUGCCCCAAAAAUCCUCCACCAUCCCUCUAAAGCCAAAGCUCUCCACACCUGCUGUAGACAUCCACCCUGCUGCCCUCAGUGCUGUUGCAGCAUCAGUGAAUGAUGUAGCGGGAAACCUCCAUGAGAUGAGUGUCAUCGUGGAGCAGUCGUUUAUGGGAGAGAAGAUGGACACCUUGGAUAUGAACAAGGUGAAUGUGCUGGACACGGUUGAAGAUGGAGAAAACUUGCCAGAGGAAGAAGUUCCACAAGAGGAGCCAAAUCCAACAUCCAAGACGAGCUCUAGCCUGCCAGCCCCAACUGCACCAACAUCUGAGAACCCUGGUUCUCCUGGCAAGUGUGACGCUGACAUGCAAAACAUGACAGUUUACUUGGACGAGCAGAUGGAUUUUACAGAGUGUAUAAGUGUGCCAGUUGGUCUGGCUUCGUUUAUUAGCGCCAACUCUGAAAGUGCUGAAAAGUCUGUGAAGGCGGAGGAAGCAGAAGAGCAGAAAGAAGGCAGGUUGUCCAGCCCUGAAGACAAGGAGGACUCCGAGGACGAGAUGGACAAGCUGAAGAAGAAGCUGAAGGCAAUGCAGAAUGUCAAGGUGUUUGUAAAUGACUGCAGCAAGACGAAAACUGAAGUAUCAAAAUCUGAAAAUGACAUUGCAACAGUAGAGUCUGCGAUUGGAAAAGAAACAAGUGUAAAGAAAACCUCAACAAAAGAGCGUGCAAAAAAGAAGGCAAAAAAUCAAGAGUCUUCUAGUGAGAGUCGCCCGCCCUGCACAGAGCUGCCACCUAGGGAGAGCAGGAAGUCACGCAGUAAAGGGAGGCAGGAGCCACAAUACCGUGAACUGAGUAGCGACAGUGAGUCUGAAACCCCACCAAGUGACACAUCUUUAGACUCCACGACCUCGUCCAAGAGCUAUGGCAUUGUGUUCAACAAACCAGGGAAAAUCUCUUUUACUGCAGGGCGAAUAGACAUUUUGAAUGGUGAUGGUAAACAGAAAAGUCGUUUGCCAAUUAAAGUUCCAACAAAAUCGCGAUCAAAGCACAAAACCAGCUCCAAGCAAAGAUCUAGGACAAAGACAAAAAAAGAUGAAAAGAUUACAGAUAAGGCCAAAAUUCAGGAUGAGCCCAAGUCUGUGUUUGAUUACACUGGCACACCACAGUCAGCCGAAGAAAAGGGAGUUUAUGACAUGUCCAUGAACGAAUCAGUGCAGCAAGAAAGACUCCCAUUGAGCAAAUUUCGUGAGAGACAUCUAACUGGUACUGAAGAGGCAAGCACACCGUCUGCAAACACCAGGUCAAAACCUAGGGCACUGGUAAAUAAUCAGACAUCAGAUCCUGAAUCUCAGUGUGAAGACAAACCUGCCAGGAGCCGAACUAAAACCAUAAAACCCAAGGAGGAAAUGAAGCUGGAGCCAGCAGCAGUCAAAAGUCGCACAAAGUCGAAAAGAAAAAGUAGCAAAUCUGAUUAUAUUGAACCCAGGAAAACAGAUGAUGAAGAUCAAGAAAAAUCUACAGAAAAGUCCACUUGUAGAAAAGACGCACAGACAAGACCAACAGGCAACAGUAGAGAACAGUUCACCUCUCAAACAAAACAGGCCAUUGAAGACACCAGUGUUUUUGACUCCCCAGUGAGAAGCAAAACACAGGAUGACAGUUUGGUCGAUGAAGAGAACAUAGUGAUUGAAGAGACACCAGCUCCACUAGGUGGCAGUCGGUCCAAGACAAGACUAACAAGUGAGGAACAUGUGCCGUCUGUUGCCACAGAGAAGUCUCCUGUGGCAGUGAAGAAGAGCAGGACUAAGACUAAACUUGAUGGUGAUAACAUGGUGAAGACGGACCACCAAGAAGACCAAGUUGGUCCAGUCCCCACUCCUACCCGUGUCACUAAGAGAGGAAAGGAAGUCAAGUCAAAGAAGAAACAUCGCUACACUUACUGUGUUGAAGAUUUAUUUUCUGGUGAUGACAAUAAUAUAUUUCACGCGAAUAAUCUGGAAAUUCCGGCACCAUUAAGUGAAGAUGCCUCUGAAGAACCAGAGAGAGAGGUUGUAGAGGAACAUGCUGUAGAGGGAGCCAACCAUACUUCCCCAAGACAAGACCAGGCAUCCAAGAUGGUCCAGGAGAAGAAGAACAAGAAGAAGCAUCGUUACACAUAUGUUCGUCCUGACAGUGGAUUUGAUGAAGAUGUGGCUGGGAAGACUGAUGAGAAAAAUAUCUCAGAAAACCAAGAGGGCAUUGUCAGUGAGGGUCAAAGUAACGAGAAAGCCAAAUUUGAAGACCGGGAAAACACACACAACACACAGAGAACAGAGGAGAAAUGUGAGAUGGAUGAGAAGAUAGAUGGCAGUUGUCAAGAGGAGCCAGUGCAAGAGGAACAGAGUGAGGACACAAGUCAGGACAAAGAUAAAGAGGAGAAGAGAAAACCUAAGACAAAGAAGAGAUCCCGAAGUGUCAAGCCCUCUGAACAAGAAGAAGAAAGGCAAAACGCAGAUGACAAUGGUGUAAAGAGACCAAGACGAGCCGCCGCCAAUGUCAGCUUGAAGGAACCCAGUUUAGGAGGCAAGUUGAGGCGGGGGGAUCCAGGCACUAGUAGUAUCUACCAAGGAGAGAAUAUCCCACUGUAUAAGGAGAAAAACAAACACAAAAAAGAUGCAAAGAAGAGGAGCACCCUUUCUAGCAUUACAAAUAUCAAACCAGAACAUGAAGUUGUGUAGAGUGGAGAAAACCUAAACCUCUGAAACAUCUUUAGCUGAUAUUAGUAAAUUGACUGUCUCUCAUUGUAAAUAAUGACAUUCAUCAUUUUUAAGUCAAAUGUUUGCCACAUAUUUUAGGUAUAAAUGUAAACCCAGCAGCACUGUAGAUGGUGAUCAGCUUUGUAUUUUAGUACCUGUUUAAACUUAAUUGGCCAGUUACAAGUUUUCUCUUGUUGAUGUCCGAAACCAAAAGUGUGUCAUUUAUGAAACUAUGUGUAUGAGAGUGAUGUUGAUGUGAAAAAGUAUCAUUACAUUUAAUAUUAUUUGUAGAAUUUAGCUGGAAUUGGCUCAACCAUUUCUUUGGUGAAUUUGUAGGAAGAAGACUGCACAAAUGUAGUUUGAGUGAAAGUAACAUUAUAGUUGGAAAAAGCAUUGAUUAAUCUGCAUUUGUUAAAUUCUAAAGUAUAAUUUUAAAUGUAUUUGAAAUGUGUAGCAGCCUUUACACCCGAACACUGUAUACACAAUAAAUGUGAAUGAAAUAGUAACAUUUAAAUUGAAUAAAUGUUUUAGUUUGAAGUUA